CCACGUGAGCUGGAGAAAAUCCAACUCUGUCUUAGCCUCAUAACUAUAUUCUGCUCUGGAUUAGACACGUUCCGUGUCACCGUGUUGAUCCGAGACACUUACAAAAGCCGUGUGGAUCUCCUUCGUCCUCUCCAAUCGCCCAAGUCGUGAGUCUGUGAGACGCGAAGAUCUCAGUGGGAUCUCGCCUGCACAGAGGACCGAUUGGGCUUCUGAGAAAGAGACACUUUCAGUCAUGGGGAACUCCACAGGCUGCACCGUGGAUGAUCUACAGGCCGUUGAGAUGCAUCUCUGGUACAAAAAGUUUAUGACUGAGUGUCCUUCAGGUCAGUUAACGCUCCAUGAGUUCAAGCAGUUCUUUGGGCUGCGAGGUCUCGAUCCAGAGGCAAACGCUUACAUCGAACAGAUGUUUCGGACCUUCGAUAUGAACAAGGAUGGUUACAUAGACUUCAUGGAGUACGUGGCAGCACUAAGUCUUGUCAUGAGAGGGAAAAUGGAGCACAAAUUGCGCUGGUACUUCAGACUCUAUGAUGUUGACGGCAACGGCUGCAUAGACCGACACGAGCUGCUCAAUAUCAUAAAGGCCAUUCGUGCUAUUAAUGGCAGCGAUUCUCAGGAAGUGAGCGCUGAAGAGUUCACCAACCGAGUCUUUGAGAGGAUCGACGCAAAUGGAGACGGUGAACUGUCACUGGAGGAGUUUGUAGAAGGGGCACGACGAGAUGAAGAGUUCAUGGAGGUGAUGAUGAAGAGUUUGGACCUCAGUCACAUUGUGGCCAUGAUCCACAACCGCAGGAACAGCGUACCUGACAACCUUUAUGGAAUUGGCAAACACGGAACUUAUUUACCCCCAUUAAAAACAGCAGAGGAGCCAAUCAACAUGUGAUUCUGGAAUGACUGACAGUUGUGUAGGCGUUUAUAACUCCCCCGUAUUCAUUCAAGCCCCGCCCCUUAACCGAUGUGAACGUUUUAAGUUCAUUGGUUGGUUUAUCAACUUAGCUAACAUAAUACAAGUAUAUAACUUAACAUAUAUAACUUAGCACAGUAUUUAUUAGGGUUGCACUGAAAUUUUAGCGACAUUCUAAGAUUCCCUUUUAUUUCAUUAUUCCACUAUUAUUAGCAAGUCUGGAUCUGAGCUGAAAUUAAUUUCUUGAAGUUGCAAGAAAUAAUGUAAACACUAACACGCCUCUACACAUGAUGGAUCUUUGACCACAGAAGAAGAGAACAGAUAGAAUUAAGGUCUUUUUAGAUUCUAAACACUGGCGCUGAAUUGCCUUCUCAACAUCAUGAACAUUAAUGUAGCUAGUUAACGUUUAGUUAGGUCGCUACAUUUGGCUAAUCAUUCUCUGAGUUACUCCAGACGAUAUAUACAGACGCUGUCGGUUAUUCUUGUAAAACUUCUCAGACAAUCUCAACACGACACUCAAUGAUGAAGUUAUUUUUUUUAUUUAGAUUUAUUUGUAAAGCUACUACAGGUCUCUAGUGCGUGUAUCUAACGUUAGAGCAGGAACAUCAUAACCGUGUUGGAGUCCUGAUGACUGAUUUUCUUCACAUCGCCUGUGUACACUAUUUAUUAAAGAAUAAAAUAAGCUUUAUUGAAUAGAAUUGUAACAGACACAAUGUUGGUUCAGUAAACUGAAGCUAGCUUUAAUGCAUUCUGUGCCUUGUGUAACAGAAAUACAGAACUCAUGUUGACCUGCUCAUGCUUUUUAUUUCUUCAAUAAAACAAA